AUGUAUCGGACUUCGAACAAGACUCUGGUGCAUAAUGGUGCCGCUGAUAGUAACACGUUUCUUGAAAAGUUUUACACUGAAUAUUGCUUUUCCUCAAAUAAAAUAGUAAAAUAUAUUAGAGUUAUUUUUUCAUUAGCAAUUGUAUGUUAUGUCCUUACUGUUGAAAUAGUUCUAUGGCAAAUAAAGGCCGCUACUAUUGAGAACAGCUCAGCUGACUUUGUUACGAAUUUUUUAUGGCCGAUGGUGUCAGCAUCCUUGGCAUUGGUGUUAAUAUUAUGUCAACCAUUUCUAAUAUUAUUAUCUUUACUAAACAAGUUUUUUAACGAUAGAUUUGAUAUUGAUAGAUUGGUUAUUAUUACAACGUCGAUUAUGCUAUUUUUGAUAUUAAUACUGGUGUUUAUUGAUGUGGGACCAUUCCACUAUACAAGGAAUAUUUUGACAAAACUAUCUAUUGCAGGUGUAACUUUAAUGGCCAUUCUUUCAGGGAUUGCGACUGUGACAACAACGUACUACACAUUUUUAUAUGUAUGGAGGAAAUAUGUGAUUCGAAAUAAAAAUAAAAGCACCUUGGUCCCAUCAGUAGAUGAUAGAAUAAAUCAAAGAUUUGUAAUCUGGGCUACAGAUGAAGAUAUCAAGGAAAAAUUGAAAAUUUAUCUUUAUAGCAUUAAUGAAAAUAUCGGUCGUAUUGAACUUCUGAAAAAUCAAACCGCUAUACCAACAACUAACUUUGAAAGAACACAACUAAUGGAAUUAGUUGGAUAUUAUCAACUGGAAGUUGGGAGCUUGGAAGCAUUAUUGCGUAAACCGAGAAACAUUCGUCUUUUAAGGCAAAUCUUCGAGGUAGGUUUCAUAAUCUACUGUGUCUACAAAAUUUUGAACACAUUCCUGCUGAGGAUACCAUAUAUGAUAACCAGAAGGAUAACAAAUCCAUUAGAUCCCAUGAGUGCAGACUACUAUGAUCAAAAAGGUAGUUCCGAUCCGUUGGCUGUAACCUUUGCCAAUAUUCUGGAUAUAUUCCUUUUUCGCUUCAAUUAUCAACAUGACUUAGACUCGUUAACAAGGCAGAUAUCGUUACUUCUUUCGACAUCUUUAUUUAUAUGUUCUCUGUCGACUGUUAAUAUGACAAUUUCAUAUCUGUUAGAGCUUUUACCAAUAAGAUUACAAGUUCUAGCAAUGUUUGCAAUGCAGGAUAAUGAGACUGUAAAUGAACUUCCUACUUAUAAAUCAAAAUUAGUGCAUAAGGCUCCAUCGAUCAUUAAGAAUCUCAUUGUAUCGGAAUUGACCGGUAUCUAUGUUAUUGCCACAACGUUAAUGGUACGAUCUAAUUUACCAUUCGAUGUCUCCACCAAAUUACGUGAAUUGCUAGGUGAGAAGUUCACAGUUCCUAACGUAGCAAUAGAUGACUGGUUUGAUGAGAUCUUUGCCACAUCAUGUGUGCUUACAGCCUGCUUUAUAAUAUUCGUUGAGAAGACUUUGAAAUCUGUCAAAUGA